UGUUUUUUUUUUUUUUUUUAAUUUAAUUUCCUUGGCUACUUUUAUUACCAUUGUAAACAAUCGAAAGCCGUAGAGGAUCAACUAAUCUUAAAUAGACAGAUAAACGUUAUAAAAAUAAUUCAAUGCCUCAGAAAAAUAAAUUUCAAGAAGGUGAAAAAGUACUAUGUUUCCAUGGUCCCCUUAUUUAUGAGGCUAAAUGUUUGAAAUCAUCACUCACUAAGGAAAAAACAGUUAAAUAUUUUAUACAUUAUGCCGGCUGGAAUAAAAAUUGGGAUGAAUGGGUCCCGGAAAGCCGUGUGUUGAAAUACAACGAAACUAAUGUGCAAAAACAAAAGGAAGUACAGCGCGCUCAUGCAGCCCAGCAGUCGACACAAAAAGGAAAAAAAACCACCACGGUUUUGAAGGGACAAGGACGUAAAAGUGAGAGCGGCAAAGACAAAGAUUCUGAUAGUCGAGCAAGCACACCGGUACCUGGUGGUGACAAGAGUACUGGUCGUAAUAAAGCUAACAGUGGUUCUGUAACUCCUUCGUCGCACGAUUCAUCCUCAGAUGCACCUAGAAAGAAGCGAAGCCGCGUGGACCCUUCAGUUGAAACAGAAGAGCAAUUCUUAGCAAAUGUUGAAGUUAAAGUUAAAAUUCCCGACGAAUUGAAGCCUUGGCUUGUUGAUGAUUGGGAUGCGAUUAUUCGGCAGAAAAAAUUAGUCACUUUACCGGCUAGGCACACGAUUGAUCAAAUAUUAGAUGACUACGUCAAGUUCAAGACAUCUAGUAAAACAAAUACUCCUAAUAAAGAAAGCGCUGUUUUAGAAGUAACAAGAGGCUUGAAAGAAUAUUUCAAUGUCAUGUUAGGUACACAAUUACUAUAUAGAUGGGAACGACAACAAUACAGUGAAAUAAUUUCAGCGAAGCCUAAUACACCUCCCAGCCAAAUAUAUGGAGCCAUUCAUUUACUUCGAUUAUUUGUGAAAUUAGGUAGCAUGCUCGCCUAUACGCCUUUAGAUGAGCGAAGCAUCGCAUUACUGUUAACUCAUAUCCACGAUUUCUUGAGAUAUCUCCAUAAAAACAGCAGCGAUUUAUUCAGUCUUCAAGAUUACGGAGCCGCAACUCCAGAGUAUCAUCGUAAGUGUGGAUAAAGUAUUUUUGGUUCCAUAGAUAAAGACAUUAUUUACUCCUUGAUUGUCUACAUCUAAUAGAUAAAUAAAUAAUAAAUUAGUAUUUUUUAUUUAAUUGAUACAAACUUGUUGACGACAAUAAUCUCAAUUGCCAACUGACUGUUCUUUUUUUUUUACUUUCCUUUGUAGUUUUUAAAACGUUUUUUUAUACUUACAAAAGUUUUGUAAUCAGUUUAACAUGUUAUUUAUUUCAUUUAAAGUGUUCUUAGAUUUAACAGAUAAAAUC